AUGGCGCAAUUCGGUCGCUAUAGGUUUUUACUGAUCGCGGUGGUGUUCCACCUGGUGUACAUAUUUUCGAUUUUCGACAUUUAUUUCAAAAGUCCUGUCGUCCAUGGCAUGCGCGAGCACCGAGUGCAGACACAAGAAGCUCCUGCAAAACGACUGGUCUUGUUCGUCGGCGAUGGGCUGCGCGCAGACAAAGCGUUCCAAUCGUUUCCAAACCCUGAUCCAAACCCCCCGACCCCUUUGGCGGACAACUCGAGUAUACCGCGUCCACUCGCUCCAUUCCUCCGAUCUCGCGUCCUAGAACAUGGCACUUUUGGCGUCUCUCACACUCGUGUCCCUACCGAAUCACGCCCUGGACAUGUUGCGCUCAUCGCAGGUUUAUACGAGGAUGUCUCUGCCGUCACAACCGGUUGGAAGCUGAACCCGGUCAACUUUGACAGUGUCUUCAAUCGAAGCAGGCAUACAUGGAGUUGGGGCAGCCCGGACAUUCUUCCCAUGUUCGAGACUGGUGCGGUGCCUGGAAGAGUCGAUGCAUACUGCUAUGGUGCCGAAGAGGAAGACUAUUCCAAAAAUGCCUGGAUGCUGGACGAAUGGGUCUUUGAGCGUGUUGCGAAGCUGUUCGCGGAUGCAAAGACGAAUGCGACUUUGGACGCAGAGCUGCGGCAGGAGAAGAAUGUCUUCUUCUUGCAUUUGCUGGGAUUGGAUACUACUGGCCAUGCGCAUCGUCCCUAUUCCUGGCAGUAUCUGCACAAUAUCCAAAUUGUCGAUCGCGGCGUGCAAGAGAUCACUCGUCUCAUUGAAGACUUCUACGGCGACGACAAAACGUCGUUUGUGUUUACGGCAGACCACGGUAUGAGCGAUUGGGGCAGCCAUGGAGACGGUCAUCCAGAUAACACGCGCACACCCUUGAUUGCAUGGGGUGCUGGUGUCGCCGCACCGUCCAAGAACAAAUCUGGUAUCGCACGAGGUCAUACCGAAUUCUCGUCUGACUGGAACUUGGACGAGAUCGAACGACACGACGUUGCUCAGGCUGACGUAGCAGCUCUUAUGGCCUAUCUUGUAGGCUUAGACUUUCCUACCAAUUCAGUCGGAGUCCUGCCCCUCUCCUACCUGGACACCGACCCCAAAUCCAAGGCCGAAGCUCUUCUCGCCAAUGCCAAGGAGAUACUGGAAAUGUAUCAUGUCAAGGAGGAGGCGAAAAUGUCCACCCAGUUACGGUACACGCCCUUCUCCGGUCUUGGUGACGAGGCACACUCGGUCGAACAUCGCGUGGCGGAGAUACAGGCAGCAAUCAACAAGGGGGACGCAGAGGAAGCUAUUCGCCAGACUCAUGAGCUCAUAGACCUCGGACUCCGCGGACUCCGAUACUUGCAGACAUACGACUGGCUAUUCCUAAGGACAUUGGUCACCGCGGGCUACGUGGGCUGGAUUGUGUUCGCCAUUACAACAGUCAUCGACUCCCAUGUACUUACUGAACAUGUUCCGGCACAGAGGACGCCAGCGAGCAUGGUAGUUUUCUCAUCAGUGCUUGUAGCACUCUACGGGAUUCUCUUGAAACAGCGUUCCCCGAUUUUCUACUAUGCCUAUGCUUUCUUUCCGGUCCUUUUCUGGGAAGAGGUCUAUGCUCAGAGGUUGUCACUGAUCAAGGGUGGGAAGAGACUGUUUGGUCAGCUCAGCUCUGGCGCUGACGUAGCAAUGCUUGUCUUCGCGACGCUUGGCUUCUUCGGUCUUCUUGAGGCUCUGGUUCAAAGCUACUUUAUCAGAGAGAUUUAUACAGUAUGCUAUCUUAUGGCGACAUUCUGGCCAGCGGUCUAUGGCCUAGAUUUUGUCAAGAAGAACGUAGGAACCGUUGCCACCUGGACUUUGUCAUGUAUUGCCAUGAGCGCUUUUACGUUGCUACCAGCCAACAAAGCUGAGGAUGUGCGCCUGAUUCUCCUUGGAGGAAUACUGAUGUUUGGAGUCGGUGCCAUCUACCUACUCUUCGAGAAGAGCAUCCUCGGAGAUUCCAAAUCUGAAGCUGAGCUUGCCGAACACGAGCUCAACGACAAGUCGCGCAUCAUCCUCAGCAUCCAACUCGGCCUUGUACUCCUAUCUAUGAUCGUGACUAAGAGUAGCAUCAGUUACAUCCAAGCACGCGAGGGCAUACCACUAGGCGUGCUCACGGUUGGACGAGCCACGUUGCUAACCUCUCUGUUCGUCCCACAACUACACGGCUUGUACCCCAACAGUCAUUACGUCCAUCGACUAGUGGUCAUAUUUUUGCAAUUUGCACCGACCUUUAUCAUUCUCUCCAUAUCAUACGAAGGUCUAUUCUACUUCGCCUUCUGUAUGUGCCUCUUCAGCUGGAUGCGCCUCGAGCAUCAAGUCUACGUACACACCAAGAGCAGCGAUGCGUCGUCAUCAACAGCGAAAGAUAUCGCAACGAACCCCGCCAAACCUACCAUGGACGCUGCAUCUGAUCGACUUGGCUCGCUUCAGCAAGGAGAAUAUAGAUCACUAACACUAGGCGACGCACGCAUCGCCCUCUUCUUCAUCUUCUUCAUCCAAUCCGCCUUCUUCUCGGCCUCAAACAUCGCCUCUGUAUCUUCCUUCUCCCUCGACGCCGUCUACCGCCUGAUCCCCAUCUUUGACCCUUUCUCCCAAGGCGCGCUCCUCAUGCUUAAACUCAUGGCGCCUUUUGCCGCCCUCUCGGCCAACUUUGGUCUCUUGAAUAGACGACUGGGUGUUGCGCCGUCUGCGCUUUUCAUGGUAGUCAUGGCGGUUAGCGAUGUUAUGACGUUGAGCUUCUUUUACAUGGUCAAGGAUGAGGGCAGUUGGUUGGAUAUUGGGACGACGAUCAGUCAUUUUGUUAUUGCCAGUUUGUUGGGCGUGUUUGUUAGUGGAUUGGAGAUUUACAAAAUCAGUGGGGACAUCCAAUGA